UUCUUUCGAUAUUAAAUCCUCGCGCUAGAAGUACAACGGCGCGGGCUGACAUCUCUCCUGCUCUCCGUCCACGCUAGCCGCCGCCCAUGUCCAGCUUUCUCCAUGCCUACGACGCGCUCUCGUCUACCUCGCCGCGGUCAGAGGUGGCGUCUGUCUUCCAGUCCCUAAUAGACGCGUACCCUUCGCAGAUCGAUCCCGCCACGCGCAAGACGCUAGUGCAGACGAUUCUGGACGAUCUAACGAAGUGUAGUUCCGGCAAUGGGAAGAAGGGCAGGUUGACCGCCAAAGAUGCUUUCCCCGCUUUGCUCGCCACGAAGAUCCUGGGCAAAGACCCCGCAGGCUCGGAAGUCAUCGCCACGUCCGCAAACCUCUCAACGCUGCUUGCCCUCUCCCGCUUUUUCAAGGAUGACGCGGACGCGUCGAGCGAGGCGUUGCGGUGCAUCGCGAAUGCCAUGUUACUGAUCAGCCAUGCGCGGGAAACUUUCAUACAGAGCGAUGUUGGAGGUGGGGACGCUGCAGUUGAGCUGCUUGAGAAAACCACAAAUGCAGAGCGCAUCUUCCUUGCGUCGCGCAUCCUCUUUCUAUCCACGGUGUCGAUGGCGUCUGCCAACUUCAUACGUGCACUCGUUGAGACGAAACCUCCCGGCCAUCCGGGCAAUAUCAUCGAAAUAAUUGGCACGAAGCUGGACAUCCUGUCCAGAAACAUUCAGACUAGCGCGAAGUUGUCACGAGAGGCGAUGACCGACUUACUCAAGUUCACGUUUAAUCUGUUGUUACACUAUCCUAAGAUUGCAAACGACUCCGAAGAGAUCACGAAUAGGUCCGAAGAUGAGGCCAAGAUCAUGGGCGAUAGCUGGAAUGAACGCUUGGAUGGUAUUCUCCCGCCGCUUCUCCGAGCGUUCAAUGCACUUCCUCCCUCCUUCCCCUCACCGCUCGUCCCUCCAAUGACACACAUCAUACAUUCACUCAUCACUAUCCCCGUUACCCCAUCCCUCCACUCGAAAUGGUUCCAAUCAACAAGUCGCAGCAGCAGCCCGCGCUCCCCCAAGAGCCGGGAAUCGUCGCUGGGCUCCCCGCCACGCAGUGCGAGCGGGAGCGCAAGCGGCUCGCCGACGCUCGGGCCGUCCAAGGACAAGUCUAGCGCCUUCGACCGCGCCAUGUCUAAGCUGACUGUGGGUCGGCGGUCCCUCUCUCUCUCGCGGUCCACCUCACCAAACCGCCCCGCACUUGUCGACGUGCUCCUCCGCGCGUAUGAUUUGCUCGACGUGUCGUUUUCGCACUACCUCCCGGGGAACAUCGACCCAGACGACGGGAGCGUGCGCGAGAAGUGCCGAGCGGAAGGCAACGCGAAUCUGGACGAUGUUCUCGUACCGCUGGUGCUUCUCGUCAACAAGCUCUGUACGGCAGACGAGGGCUCGCGGGCGCGCAUGCGUGAAUGGGUGUUGCCUCCGGACCUGGAUCGCACUACGCCGCUUGAGGGCCGCGCCGACUUCUUGGGCCGCUGUCUGAGGCUGCUUGCGUGUGUGCACCAUGCGCGCCUCAAGUCUGCUACUGGGGAGAUGCUCUACUCGAUUUGCGACUUCGAUGCGAGCCUGCUUGCUUCCUACGUCGGCUAUGGCAACGUGGCCGGAUUCCUGUUCCACAAGGGCAUCACUGGCCAACCCUCGCGGCCAUCGAACGCGCCAGUGCCUCAAAUGACGCCGUCAGGCGUGCCCAUCAACCCAAUCACCGGUAUCGUCGAGGAGGAAUCCCCGGAGAUUGAGAUGACGGACGAAGAGAAGGAGCGCGAGGCUGAGAAGCUGUUCGUCCUCUUUGACCGUCUCGAGAAGAGCGGCGCCCUGCAGCCCAAUCAAAAUCCGAUACGCAAGGCCGUGCAGGAGGGCCGCCUUGGUUAGAGACGCCCACUGCACCCGUCUCCCUCACUAUUUCCUCUUGUUCCAUUUGUUCGCCGGCUCUCUUGCUCCCUGUGAACACUGGCCUUACCCUCAUUCCCUUGCCUAUUCAUUCUCAAUUUCUAGCCUGAUUGCGCGGCAGCGGCAUUCACACUCUCGCCUCGAUGUUCUUUUGCGUUUAAUACCCCCAUCAGAAUGUUCACUCUCG